AUGAACCUGGAGCCACCCAAGGCCGAGAUCCGGCCACCCACGAGGGUGGUUGGAGGACCUGUUACCCCCAGGAAAGGACCACCCAAAUUUAAGCAGCGGCAAACCAGGCAGUUUAAGAGCAAGCCACCCAAGAAGGGCAUCCAAGGGUUUGGGGAUGACAUCCCUGGAAUGGAAGGCCUGGGAACAGACAUCACAGUCAUCUGCCCCUGGGAGGCCUUCAACCAUCUGGAGCUGCACGAACUGGCCCAGUACGGCAUCAUCUAG